CUCAUGAGGAGUUGUUUCUGGUGGUGCAGGAGUAGUUAUAAAAGUUGAUGUGGAUCCUUUGCUAAUGACAGUGGUACCAGUUGUUUCUAGUUCCUCUAGUUGUUUUGUUGUUAACAAGACCUCACGAGGUGUUGUUUCCAAUGGUGCAGAAGUAGUAACAAAGGCGAGCGUAGAUUCUUUGCUAAUGACAGUGGUACCAGUAGUUUCUGUUCCUCCAAUUGCUUCGUGGUCAAUAGCACCUCAUGAGGAGUCCCUGAUGGAACAGCAGUUGUUGCUAAGGCCGGUGUCGAUUCCUUGCUAAUGACAGUGGUACCAUGAGGAGCUGUUUCUGAGGGUACAGAGGUAGUUGGGUAAGCUGAUGUUGAUUCUUUGGUAAUG